AUGGGGCGUGGACGUGGAGUCAGCUGCGGUGGUGGGCAAAGUUCUUUGGGCUAUUUGUUUGGAGGUGGAGAGACUGCUAAUGUUAACAAGACCCCAUCUAAAAGAACUCAAAACCCAGUGAGGGCAGCAGGGGAGGCUCCUUCUCAGAAUGAGACUGCUCCUGCUCCUGCUCCAGCUUCAGUUUCGUCACCGAUUGAUAAGCAGCAGAUAGCAGCAGGCCUCCAUGGCAAGCCUACAAACAAUUACCACCGAGCUGAGGGCCAGAACUGCGGCAACUUCAUCACGGAUCGUCCAUCUACCAAGGUUCACUCUGCUCCUGGUGGCGGAUCAUCGCUUGGUUACUUGUUUGGUAGUGGGAACUGA